GAAGUACAAACUUGGGAAAGAAAAAUAAAUCGAAAAUAGCCCAAAUUCUCUUUCUCUUCCUCUCGCUCUGCGUUCCUCAACUGGAAAAGAUACCAGUUCUGUUCUGCGUUAUCUGAUCACAGUACCUUGCUGACGAUCGAAGUUUCAUCUUCAUCAUAAAUGGCUAACAGAGCUCCAAUCCCAACUAGCAACUCUGCACUCAUUGCAAUGAUUGCAGAUGAGGAUUCAAUAGUUGGAUUUUUGCUUGCUGGAGUUGGUAAUGUGGACUUGAGACGAAAGACAAACUACCUCCUCGUAGACUCAAAAACAACUGUCAAACAAAUUGAGGAUGCAUUUAAGGAUUUCACGACAAGAGAGGAUAUUGCUAUAGUGCUGAUUAGUCAAUAUGUUGCAAAUAUGAUAAGGUUUUUGGUAGAUAGCUAUAACAAGCCAGUUCCAGCAAUCCUGGAAAUACCUUCGAAGGACCAUCCUUAUGAUCCUGCCCAGGAUUCAGUUCUUUCGCGAGUGAAGCACCUCUUCGCAACCGAAUCAGUGGCAUCUGGGAGGCGCUGAGCGCACAUGGCGAGUUGAUAUUUAUGUGCAAGCUAUGUUUUAUCCACCUUCAAUCUUGUAGUCUGGAUUAGAUCUUAUUUAUUUAUGCCUUCUAAAAUUGCUCCUGUUCUGUUUCUUUAGUCCUUUUGUUGCUACAAUUUGGGAGUAUCUUUUGGGCAGUGCCCUUUGAUUUCAAUAAAUGAUAUUACAAUGGGAAUUGCAAUA